UGGAAAUCAAGUUGUUCAUUGGAACAUUAUUCAAAGUCACAGCCAACUCCGACUUUGGGAAGACUCUAUUUCUGAGAUUCACUUAAGGCAGAACCGUAACUAGCAAUUUUGGCACCAGGAGCACAAAAUUUUAGUGCCUCUUCAAAUCAGCCAAUGGUCAUCAAGAGUUUCUUUGGCUUGAAAAAUUCAUCAGCCUGAGGAAAAUGGGACGAUGAACCUCUCCACAUUCACCUAGGUUGUUCUCUGCCGUAAUAGACCUACCCAGCCCUAUGCUCAAAGCACUUCUAAGUUGGAAAGACCUACCACAAUUUAUGUUCCUCUCACCUUGGAGAGUACAGUGUCAACUCUCUGCUGUGAUAAGGCAUCAGAGGAAGAGGACAGAUCAUCUAGCGCUAAGCAAAGAAAGAAAUGUCAAAAUGUUUUUUGAUGCCUGGCGUGAUGGCAAGAUCCUGCCCUUGGCUUUACUUAUGAUGAAGCAUAAGACAAUUGAAUGUCAUUCUCGGCCACAUCAUUCUGUGAGUCCUCCAGAAAGGGAAUCUGCAACUUGCUGGUGUUCGAGGAGGGGCGGUAUCCUUUCUCAGGAGGAGGCAAUAAACUCCAUCUGCUUUCAAGCUAUUUUAAGAAGCAGUGCCUCAUUGCCUACACGCUACAUAUCUUCGGGGAUCCUUGUACACCACAGAAUGGCCUCUGCUUGGCCCCGUGCCGCGGGCCAACUCGUACGCUUUCGCCAGGCGCCCGCCGCGAUGUCUGGCGACGGAGCCGCCGAACAGGCUGCUGAAUAUGUCCCAGAAAAAGUGAAGAAAGCAGAAAAGAAAUUAGAAGAGAAUCCAUAUGACCUUGACGCUUGGAGCAUUCUCAUUCGAGAGGCACAGAAUCAACCUAUAGACAAAGCACGGAAGACAUAUGAACGCCUUGUUGCCCAGUUCCCCAGUUCUGGCAGAUUCUGGAAACUGUACAUUGAAGCAGAGAUUAAAGCUAAAAAUUAUGACAAGGUUGAAAAGUUAUUUCAGAGAUGCCUCAUGAAGGUUUUACAUAUUGAUUUAUGGAAGUGUUAUCUUUCCUAUGUCAGAGAAACCAAGGGAAAACUACCCAGCUACAAAGAAAAAAUGGCACAAGCCUAUGACUUCGCUUUGGAUAAAAUUGGAAUGGAAAUUAUGUCUUAUCAGAUUUGGGUGGAUUACAUCAAUUUCUUGAAAGGCGUGGAAGCUGUUGGAUCUUAUGCAGAAAAUCAAAGAAUAACAGCUGUCCGAAGAGUUUAUCAGCGAGGUUGUGUUAAUCCAAUGAUCAAUAUUGAGCAGCUUUGGAGAGACUAUAAUAAAUAUGAAGAGGGCAUCAACAUACAUCUAGCUAAAAAAAUGAUUGAAGAUAGAAGUAGAGACUACAUGAAUGCCAGGCGUGUGGCAAAGGAGUAUGAAACAGUAAUGAAAGGUUUAGACCGCAAUGCCCCUUCAGUACCUCCACAGAAUACUCCCCAAGAGGCUCAGCAAGUGGACAUGUGGAAGAAAUACAUACAGUGGGAAAAGAGCAACCCUCUCCGAACAGAAGACCAGACGCUCAUCACCAAAAGAGUGAUGUUUGCAUAUGAGCAGUGCCUGCUGGUGCUGGGCCAUCACCCGGAUAUUUGGUACGAAGCAGCCCAGUACCUAGAGCAGUCCAGCAAGCUGUUGGCUGAGAAAGGGGACAUGAACAAUGCUAAAUUAUUUAGUGAUGAGGCUGCUAACAUAUAUGAGAGAGCGAUUAGCACUUUAUUGAAGAAGAACAUGCUUCUUUAUUUUGCAUAUGCAGAUUAUGAAGAGAGUCGAAUGAAAUAUGAGAAGGUGCAUAGCAUAUACAAUCGACUUCUGGCUAUUGAGGACAUUGACCCAACUCUGGUCUAUAUCCAGUAUAUGAAGUUUGCAAGGCGGGCAGAAGGCAUCAAAUCUGGAAGGAUGAUAUUUAAGAAAGCAAGAGAAGACACCAGAACACGCCAUCAUGUUUAUGUUACUGCAGCAUUAAUGGAGUACUACUGUAGUAAGGAUAAAUCCGUGGCCUUUAAGAUUUUUGAGCUGGGGUUAAAAAAAUACGGGGACAUUCCAGAAUAUGUAUUAGCUUAUAUUGACUACCUGUCUCACCUGAAUGAGGACAACAAUACCCGAGUUUUGUUUGAACGAGUAUUGACCUCUGGAAGCCUUCCACCUGAGAAAUCUGGAGAAAUAUGGGCCCGAUUCCUUGCUUUUGAAAGUAACAUUGGUGAUCUAGCCAGUAUCCUAAAAGUGGAGAAAAGACGGUUCACGGCAUUCAAGGAAGAAUACGAAGGCAAGGAAACAGCAUUACUGGUCGAUAGGUACAAGUUCAUGGAUUUAUAUCCCUGCUCUGCCAGUGAACUGAAGGCUCUUGGCUAUAAGGACGUCUCUCGGGCCAAGCUAGCGACGAUCAUCCCAGACCCUGUGGUAGCGCCUUCCAUAGUGCCUGUCCUUAAAGAUGAAGUGGAUAGAAAACCUGAAUAUCCCAAGCCAGACACACAGCAGAUGAUCCCCUUUCAGCCAAGACAUUUAGCACCCCCAGGUUUACACCCUGUGCCUGGUGGGGUGUUUCCAGUGCCACCUGCUGCUGUAGUUUUAAUGAAACUACUCCCUCCUCCCAUCUGUUUCCAGGGUCCUUUUGUGCAAGUAGAUGAAUUAAUGGAAAUUUUCCGAAGAUGCAAGAUCCCAAGCUCCGUUGAUGAAGCCGUGAGGAUCAUUACUGGAGGAGCGCCAGACCUGGCAGCGGAAGGCAAUGGCCCCAUGGAGAGCAACACCAUGCUCACCAAAGCAGUGAAGCGGCCCAACGAGGAUUCGGAUGAGGAGGAAGAGAAGGGCGCGGUGGUGCCACCCAUCCACGACAUCUACAGAGCCCGCCAACAGAAGAGAAUCCGGUGAGCCGAGGGCAGCGCUCUCCUGUGGGAGACUCGUGCGCACACGUCCCUUUGCCUCCUAUGUCCUACUUCCUUUGUUUAAGAGACACACUUUGUCACGAGCAUCUUGGGAACAAAGUGAUGCUGCCACCGGUGCCUCUUUCUAUCCAAUGGUUCUCAAUAAAAACUUUAAAAGCCAACUAGAAGGGUGGGUCUUCCAAUGUUGAGCAGAUGCGUGCUUUGAGCAAAACUAGGCUUUCAAAAAUGGGGAAAUAGUGCAAAAUGUUUGAACACGUUUUGUUCCCUCUUCAAGUGCGUCUGAUGACUCACUUGAAGCCUUGUUGGUUUUCAUCAGUUUUAUUUUAAAAACUGGAAGUCUUCUGAUUGUGAAACAUUUUAAUUCACUUGUUCUGGAGGUUACUCUGUUUGCUCAUGUAAAGUCCUGCCUUA